AUGCCGCACGGUGCAGCAGCAGCAGUACCAGCUACUGCACCACCGUCAUGUGUGCCCGCGUCCUUUGCGGCCAAAAAGUCGCAGAUCCUCGCGCACCUCGGCCAGCCGGAGGAGGAGUAUGCGGACAACUCGCCCAAGGGGACGGUGGACGCGCAGAUUCGCGACCUGAUCGAUGAGAUCAACGGGUACGACGGGUUCGUGACGACGAGCAGUUGCGCGGGGAGGGUGGCGGUGUUUGUCGAGGGGCCGAGGAGCGAACAGAGAGGUGGUGGCGGCGGUGGCGCGAGGAAGCGUGACGGGAAAGGGGAGGGAGAGGGAGAGGCGGAUUCGCACGUGGAGACGAGGGUGGGAAAGGGAGGAGGAAGAGGAGGAGGAGGAAACUCGACCUCGACGUCGCCCGGUGGGAAAGGCGGAGGACGCUGGCUCUACGUGUCGCAUGAUCCUGUGCCCAUGCCAACUCCUACACACAUCGCCGGCGGCGUCAAGAAGAGUGGGACCCCAAGAGCAGCGAAAUCAGCUGACGAGCAGGAGCAAGAGGAAGAGGAAGAGCAAGAGCAAGAGUACUUUUCCUCGCUCUUCCACUUGAACGACCCGUCCCUGUCGUCGUCCGCAUCCCAAUCUCCAUCCCACUCCUCGUCCUGUUCCACAGCCUCACCCUCACCACAGCUCAUCCACCUCUCCUUCUCCCCCCUGAUCCUCCACAUCCACUGCGCGACGCUGCGCCAUGCGCGCCCGCUGCUCGCCGCGGCCGUCAACGCCGGGUUCCGCGAGAGCGGGGUGCAGAGCCUACGAGCGCUGGAUGACGUCGGGCACGGCGUCAUGGUGGCCGGAACAACGGCCCAUCCCGAAGGCCGCGCCGGCGAGGUGGUGCACCGGCUCGUCAGCGAAGAGUACCUCGCCCUGUGCGCGGGCGUGGUCAACGAGCGGUUCGCGGCGAACGUGGAGCGCAGGGAACGGUUCCGCCGCGAGCUGAAGAGCGCCAUGGAGAGGGAUGGGCUGGGCGGAGGUCCUGGUCCUCAGAUGACGGAGGCGGCGGCCACCGGUGAGAGGAGCCGCGGGACCCGAUCAUCAUCAGGGUGGGAAGAUAAAGACGAGCGACGGAGGCGGAAGAGAGACGAAGGGCUCGAGAGGCAGAAGAUCAUGAACGAAGGGGCGACCACGAGGAAUAAUACGACCAGGCAACGAGGACAUGAGCAGCAGCAGCAGCAGCAGCAGCUAGAGGAGAUAGAUCAGGAUCUCACGGCGCUAGGCUUUGACUGA